UAUUGAAUUUAACAGAUCAUCAGGCUGCAGAGCACGUGAACAGUUGACGUCAUCAGAAAAAAGACAUCAUGGCGGCGGAAUUUGUUCAUAAGGUUGUUUUUGAACAUGACGGUGUAUUCAUUCAUCCCAGUGAUGAUUCGGACAGUGUGGAGCCAUAUCUGCUGGUCUCAGGAUCACUCCGGAUUAUGGACAAGGAUGGUGACAUCACGGUGGAGUACAGACCACUAGAGGACACUGUGGACAUGUCCAAUAUGCUGUGUGCUGGGAAGGACUCCAGUUCAGUGGUGCAGUGGACACAGUGUUCCGGGGAGGAGACUCAGCAGAGCUGUGAGACAGAGUGGGACAUGGUGAACACCGUGUCCUUCAGGAGAAAACCCUGCGAGUUCAGCCUGCUGCCAUGUUCACCAGCAGGUGGCGCGACUCCAUUUCCAAACCACAGCCAGGAGAGGAGCAGGUGGACCUUCAGCUUCAGCCUCAGAGAUCUCCGCUCCCUCACUGUGAGCACGAAGGGCUCCACCUUCAUAGUCUUCACUUUAAAAGAGAGCUCCACUCCACUGCCCGCGCUGCACUUCCACCAGGGCGGCAGUAGAGAGUUCCUGGACAGCCUGAGGAGAUAUGCUCUGCUUACUGAGAGUCCAGAUAAUCACCAGUGUCUUAUGGUCAGCACUCCAAACAAAGCUCUGUCGCAGUCCUUCGAAAAUCUUCUGGACGACAACAACUUUGGCCUCAUUCAGAAGCUAAGAAAGGAUCCGUAUGUGGCAACACUGGGCAGCUUCUCUAAAGUCACCAACUACAUCUUUGAAGCCUUCAGAGGUUCAGAGGAGCAGCACCAGCGCCCCCCAGAGGAGGUGGCUGACCUGUUGGGUGAGGUCAUCCCAGGACUGGAGAUCAACCAGCAGGAAGAACCGGGCUUUGAGGUCAUCACUAGAAUUGACCUGGGGGCACGACCUCAGGUGACGAGGCUGGGGCCCGUGUCUACGGAGACGUGGGCUAAACACCAGGACGUAGAGGGACGGCUGUUUGGAGUCAAAGACCUCAAAUGUCACAUCUUCCGAGGGGGACUGUGUCACUCCGUACGCAAGGAAGCCUGGAAGUUUCUACUGGAGUAUUUUCCCUGGAACAGUUCCCUGGAGGACAGGAAGUGUCUGCAGAAAGACAGGACAGACGAGUACUUCAGGAUGAAGCUGCAGUGGAAGUCUGUGAGUGCGGAGCAGGAGAAGAGGAACUCCAGACUCCGAGACUACAGGAGUCUCAUCGAGAAAGACGUGAACAGGACAGACAGAAACAACCGUUUCUACGAAGGCAUCGACAACCCGGGUCUGGCUCUUCUACACGACAUCCUCAUGACCUACUGCAUGUACGACUUCGACCUGGGGUAUGUGCAGGGUAUGAGCGACCUGCUGUCUCCAAUCCUCUUCGUGAUGGAAAACGAGGUGGACGCCUUCUGGUGUUUCGUGUCCUUCAUGGACCAGAUGCACCAGAACUUUGAGGAGCAGAUGCAGGGGAUGAAGACCCAGCUGGUCCAGCUCAGUUCUCUGCUGCGUCUGUUAGACCUGACCUUCUGGAACUAUCUUGAGUCUCAGGACUCCGGGUUCCUCUACUUCUGCUUCCGUUGGCUCCUGAUCAGGUUUAAGAGAGAGCUCAGUUUCCAGGAUGUCCUCAGACUCUGGGAGGUGAUGUGGACUGGUCUUCCCUGUGAGAACUUCCACCUGCUGAUCUGCUGUUCCAUCCUGGACUCUGAGAAACACAAAAUAAUGGAGGAGAACAUGGGCUUCAACGAGAUCCUCAAGCACGUCAACGAGCUGUCGAUGAAACUGGACGUGGAGGAGAUCCUUCAGAGGGCUGAAGGAAUCUGUAUGCAGCUGAGCAGCUGUAAGGAUUUGCCAGACUCGGUCAGAAACAUCCUGGGCUUUAGUUCCCACAAACCAGUCUCCAAGAACCAGAACCAACUCCAGACAAAGACUGCUCCUCACUCUGGUGUGCUGACAGUGCCCCCUGCUGCAGUGGCUCCUACUUACACAGCUGCUGUUACUCCAGUGACUCCACCUCCUAUCAGAACAUCGCAGCGACAUGAUGUCUGUACAAAUGGACACUUGAGAGACCAGAGUUCAUACAGCGUGGCCUUCAUGUCCUAGUCUCUGGCCACGCCUCGUCAAAAAGUCACAACCCUGAGUUCACCACCUCCUGGAGCCGCAGUGCUCGCUCCGCCCUUUUCAGAGAAGAAAGUUAUUUUUGUACUUCCUGUCUUUCCUUCACACAGCCACAGGAGACAGCACUGACAUUUUAUCCAGCUUGUGAACGUCGUCAGAACAGGAAGUGACUUCAUAGUGGAAUAAGAAGAUAAUGUGGUCUAUGUUCUGAUUGGACUGCUAGCUGUGGGAAGGACUGUCCUCGCAUAUGAGGAACAGGACAGCAUUCUGGGAAAUGGUCCUGUUACUCGCACAGGAAUCGUUAGCAUUUUACCUCUGCUGACGUCAUGUUUCCUAAAAAUGUGGGCGUGGCCCUUUAUUCCCAGGCUUUGUAAAUAAAGUUUAAAUAAAUCAAUCUGA